UCUAAAUUCUAGCUUUUAGAUAGAUACAACAUUACACCUACCAGCAAUAACAAUAAUGACAAACACUUCAAAGGUUAUUACAUGCAAAGGUGCUGUUUGUUGGGGUGCUGGUGAAGCUGUGAGAUUAGAAGAGAUACAAGUUGAUCCACCAAAAGCAAAUGAAGUUCGAGUCAAGAUGAUUUGUGCUAGCAUCUGCCACACUGAUAUCACCUCCAUUCAAGGAUUAUUACCAUUUUUUCGUUAUCCAAUAGCUCUUGGUCACGAAGGAGUUGGGGUUGUGGAAUCAGUUGGAGAUGGAGUCACAAAUCUAAAAGAAGGGGAUAUGGUGAUUCCAACAUACAUAGGAGAGUGCCAAGAAUGUGAGAAUUGCAUUUCAGGAAAAUCAAACUUGUGCUUAACAUAUCCUAUGAGGAUCAGUGGCUUGAUGCCAGAUAACACUUCAAGAUUGUCCUGCAAAGGCAACAACUUAUAUUACUGUUUAACUUUUGCCACGUGGUCCGAGUACACGGUUAUCGAUGUUAACUACCUCAUUAAGGUUGAUCCAAUCAUUAAUCCAGCUCAUGCCAGCUUCAUCUCAUGUGGAUUCUCAACUGGCUAUGGAGCUGCAUGGAGAGAAGCCAAAGUUGAAAGUGGAUCAAGUGUUGUUGUUUUUGGUCUUGGUGCUGUUGGAUUAGGGGUUAUAAGUGGAGCAAAAACGUUGGGGGCAAAAAAGAUAAUAGGGAUCGACACAAAUAACUUGAAGAGAGAAAAGGGAGAAGCAUUUGGAAUGACUCACUUUAUAAAUCCAAAUGAUUCUGAUAAAUCUCCUUCAACAUUGGUGAAAGAAUUGAGUGAUGGAUUUGGUGUGGAUUAUUCAUUUGAGUGCACUGGUGUUGCCCCUUUGCUCACUGAAUGCUUAGAAGCCACAAAAAUGGGAAGUGGUAAGGCAAUAUCAAUUGGAGCAGGAAAUGAAGCUACUGUGCCCCUUGGUCAUUUGUCACUUCUUUUUGGCAGAACUUUGAAAGGUUCUAUUUUUGGAGGGCUUAAAGCCAUUUCAGAUCUUUCUAUUAUAGCUGACAAGUGCCUGAAGCAGGAGUUUCCUCUUGAAGAAUUACACAGCCAUGAGGUUCAAUUGGAAGAUGUAAACGAAGCAUUUGAGUUGUUGAAACAGCCCAACUGUGUAAAAAUUGUCAUCAAGAUGUGAUGAUAUUAUUAUUAUUAUUAUUAUUAUUAUUAUUAUUAUUAUUAGAGGUAAUUCAUCAAUAAUUGUUGGUUCUAAGUCCUGUGGAGAUAUAAGAUGUUCACACGUGAACGUCACAUUGCAUAACAAAUCAAAUACGUUAUGCCAGCUUUAUUUGUAAUUAUUGAUUAUUGAUUGAUUAUUGAAGUUGAACUCGU